AUGGUCACUAAAGAUGACCUCCGCAACCUCUCUGACAACCUCCAUGCAGCGAUCCGCACAGAGGUAACUGCGCUCAGAUCUGAUAUAACGUCGCAUAACAGCAGGCUACAGCACCUGGAAACUGCCACACAGGCUAAUACAGCACAAGCUGAGGCCUCAACCCUGGCCAUUACCAGACAGGGGAACAUGCUGCUGUCUCUGAGACGUCAUACUGAAGACCUGGACAACAGAGGCCGCAAAUCCAACAUCAGAGUGCGUGGCCUACCGGAGCCAAGAGGAGAGGAGGACGUAGAGGCUACAUUUCACACUCUUUUCAGAGGAAUUCUACGAGCUGAAGCUCAAGCCGCAAUUGAGUUCGACAGGGCGCAUAGAGGUUACACACAGCAGAUGGAACGCCACGGGAUAUUGUAUGUUGUUUGCACCAAUAUAAAUUGA